AUGACAAAAGAUCUGGAAUCAAAAAAAAUACGCAGAGAUAGCAAGUUAUUGAAUGAUGAUAUUGAUGAUGUUUUGUUUCGUGUAUAUAUUUCAGCUGUACCGGAAACCACAACGACAGUGAUGGCGACAGAAGCGGCGAACACUACAAUGCACAGCUCAACAACAAUUGAGACUCAAACGAUGACAGUAACGACAACAACCCAGUCGGUAUUCACCACAGUCGAAACAACUACAGGUGCGACUGUGCAGACGGUUACUUUGGUGAUCUCAUCACCGUUGGUCAGAGAGAACAAGUCAUUGGAGUGGAGUGACAGUCUUCUGGAUCCGACUUCAUCCUUGUUUCAGGAAUACUCCACAGAAGUGUGUGAUCUGCUCAUCAAAAGCAUGACGACAGCUGAUAUCGAAGGACUAAUCAACGUCACUUGCACCGUGGUUAGCUUUCAACGUGGAUCAGUGAUUGGAAACGCGGUAUUAACCGUCCAACAUGAUAUUUCCAGUGAGAACUUCUCAACAAGCAGUGUGACGGAGCAGACUGUUCUCGCCGCGAUUGUCCAAUACACAGAAGAACUAGUUACCAAUGGUACUGGUCAGGUGUACUUUGGUGCAGCGAGCAACAUUACGAUAGAAGCUGUACCGGAAACCACAACGACAGUGAUGGCGACAGAAGCGGUGAACACUACAAUGCACAGCUCAACAACAACUGUACCGGAAACCACAACGACAGUGAUGGCGACAGAAGCGGUGAACACUACAAUGUACAGCUCAACAACAUUAACCACACAAACAACUACGAAGGCCACUAGCUUAACAAAUAAUAUUAACAUCUCAAUACGAGUAGAACUACGCAAGGGGAAUAAGCCAUUAUUAUGGGAUCCUUUAUUGACCAAUAAUAUAUCUGCUGUCUAUAAUGCCACUUCAGAGAAAACAUGUGCUUUAAUAAAAGCUGCUGCUCGUUUCACUACAUCAAUGCAAUUCGAAAUCACCUUCUGUAAUAUUCUACGAUUUUAUCCGGGCUCUAUACUAGCUGAAGCAGGGAUAACUGUGAACUAUACAGAU